AUGGCAGCCGUCACGUCUUGGGGCGAAAAGCUCCUCAAGCGGCCUCUCGUCGAGAUCCGCCGCGGCUUCUGCCUCGACUUCGAGGCGCCGACCGAGAAGUCAGCCGUGAUCGCACUCAGCGUCCCGUCUGGCAAGUUUGUCGACAUCCGCGUGCCCAAGGAGCCGGCCCUGGACAGCACCGCUGUUUCGGUCAUGCCGAGCGCCUUUGAGCUCGGUCCCAACGUCUAUGCCAACGCCGGCACGUUGACUACGGUCGUGCCGACGUCCGAGGGUGCCUUUGCCUGUCCCGAGGCCUCGGCCUGCCUGGCCCAUUCCACCUGGGCCCAUCACAUCGACUCCAGCGGCAACCCGGACACUGAUGGCGCUGACAUGCUCCUGUUGGCCAACGGCGAGGUGCUUGAGGUCGGCGUGAUCGACCUCGGCACCGGCCGCGGACCGCGCAUGUUUAAGGAGCUCUGGAUCAACGAGAACGUCGACGGACUGCCGUACAUUGUCGUCGAGAUUAUGGACAGCACCGGCUCCACCAUCGGCAACAGUGACAUCCAGGGCAGAGUCGUCCGCAUCGGGCCCCAUUGCCAGGCCGUUUUGCAGACCGAGGACCGGUUCUGGCUCGACAGGUGGCGGCUAGUUGGUGCAUGGAAGCGGGAUCCGUGCAGCAAAAGCGGACGGCGUGUCGGCACUGCGAGCCUCUCCGCCGAGGACGAGGCCACGCUGCAGACCGGUCUUGCUCUUCCAUGUCUUUGGGCCUGUGAGGACAAGGUCCGCCAGCUGGGAGAAACGAUCCUGGUUGACGGCAGAACGUGGACGGUCACCGAGAUCGGACCAUAG